AUCAUGCACGUAGGCAUCUUCUAGAUCCAAAUUUUUAGCCCUAGAACCAGUUCAAAGGAUCAAGAAUGUUGAAUUUCCCCAACAAAAGACAAAACAGAGAAAACAACAUAUACAUGAAGAAAUUCACAUCAUUACUCUAUUGAAUUUGGGCUUUAUUUUCUUUUAAUUUUCAUGUUUGGUGAGUUAGAAUUGCGAGGAAUGUGAAUGCUUUGCAGGAAACUAUCUGAAGAGGAGAAAGAAAAGGUCUCUUUAUUUUGAAUUUGUUUUUCAUGUUUAAGGAAAGUGAUUCGCAAGAAUCUGCGUUUUAUCAAGAUUCUUGUUCCAGAAAAGUUUGGCAAGAUUUCAAAUCUUGAUUAUAUGAUCUUCUGUGAGUAAUCUUUAUUGGAGGAGGAUUUGAAAGAUGGAAGAAAAUAGUAAGUGAAAGAAGGUGAUUGAUCGGAGUUGGAUAUAUAGAGAAGAAAUUGCUUGACAGUGAAAGGUGUUUGGAAGAGAAUCAAGAAAAUAGAUAUGAGUGGAAAAGAUCCGGUGAAGCUUGAUGAUGACCAACUGGCGGAGCUACGCGAAAUAUUCCGAUCGUUUGAUCGGAAUAAGGACGGCAGCUUGACGCAACUGGAACUGGGAUCAUUACUUCGAUCACUUGGUCUAAAACCAAGCGAAGACCAGUUGGAGGCCUUGACACAGAAAGCAGACAAGAACAACAAUGGUUUGAUUGAGUUCUCGGAGUUUGUAGCCCUUGUGGAGCCUGACCUUCUUCAGACUAAAUGUCCCUACACAGAGGAUCAAUUGAAGAAGAUAUUUAGCAUGUUUGAUAGGGAUGGUAAUGGAUAUAUAACUCCGGCGGAGUUGGCUCAUUCCAUGGCCAAGUUGGGUCAUGCUUUGACGGCUGAAGAGUUGACGGGGAUGAUCAAGGAGGCAGAUACAGAUGGUGAUGGGUGUAUCAAUUUUCAGGAGUUUGCUCAAGCUAUUACCUCUGCUGCUUUUGACAAUUCUUGGUGCUGAAGGUACCAAGCAGGACAAAUCGGUGCAUCACAAAAGAUAUUGGUCAGUCUAUUUUUCCUGUGCAGAAUCUUUAGAAAUACAUGCUUGUUCUGUUCUUGUUUUAAACUGCAGUGUUUGGUUUUUUGCAUUUUGCAAUCAUCUGUUGCCUUGCAUUACUCAGUUUUGAUGUGAGAAGGAAAUAUGAGAGGACAACGGAUUGGAUUGGUGGUUUUUGUGUAAGAAUUCUGUAAUAAUUGCUGCCCAUGUAAAUUAAAUUAGUUCUGAUCUGAUAUCACAUUAUGGUUUUGCAUUUGCGCUGUAUUUAUGAAAGGAAGAAUGCAAGGUAUUGAUGGUUUUACCUAAAAUCCUUGAGCAAUAAUUGAGAUGCUUAGUCAUUUGGGCAAAAGAGAAGCAUAGAUUUGCAAUUGGCGUUUGAUAUUGCUUCUUGGAUGUUUAGACAUGCCUUGAAUUUCCAGGGAUGCUAACCAUGGAGGCACUUAUAUCAUCUUCAACAAAGUCAUAUGUGGGCUUUCAGUUAUGUAGUUUCUUUGUUGUGUUCUAUAUAUUUCCUUCUUUGAUUGAAUCAAAAUGCCUUUUGAGUAUUCAACUCA